GAGAAGUGGCGCGGGUUUUGUAUUUUAUGCUCUACGGUGGCGGGAGAUGAGAAAUUAGACAGGGAGAUAUUUGAUUAGAAUCUCCACUACUUUUGAGAAUUAAUCAAAUUAGCUUCAUGGUUUGAGUUUAUUUCUAUCUCCAAAUAUCAAGCUUUGCUUCGGGAGGAGAAGGACAACACAAAUGGAUGAUUUUGGGGUCUACGUUGUUUUGGGAGUGAAUGAUGCGCCCCUAAAGCUCCUAUGUGCAAACGGGUCAGCCCAGUUUUCCGUUGCAGUACCACCGAGUUGCCAGCAGGUGGUGCUGUUUUCCAGGGGGCGAUGGGGAGACAGGGUCUGCGUCAACGCAGAACUCAACGACGCCGACAGAGUUCCAAUCACCAUAGGAAAACUGACACCUUAUAAUAGGUGUUUAACAUGGGAGCAGUGGGAAGAGGAGAGCUGGACUGAGGGAGUGGUGUUAACUGUCAGCUUGGAAGGAGGACACCUGGCCAAAGGGGAUAUGAUGAACCUUGACCUCACCCUGUCCAUGAAGGAGUACACCCCAGAGAGCGCUGUGGCCCCUUCCCCUGUGAGGGAGGGGAAGAGAAAGAGGGGACAAACGGGGGAAGAUGACGAGGAAGAGAACAGAGGGAAGGAGAACACGUGUCCCAUCGCAGUGGUGUCGUCAUUUUCAGAGAAGUCAACCCCCCUCAGAAAGGUCAGAGGUCAGACCAGACUGUUCCUUCAGAGUAAGGGUCAGGAAGGUGCGGCUCUCACCCCUCAGAACACUCCUCCUCCGAGGGGCAAGGGUAGACCGGCCAAGACACCCACUACACAGACUGCCCCAUUGGUCAACCCGUCGGGCCGCUGGGGUCAGAGCCUGUGCCCCAUCGAUCCCCAGACAGCCAUUCUGAUUGGAGGCCAGGGAUCCAGGAUGCAGUUCUGCAAGGACCCCAUGUGGAAGCUGUGUACUGAGGACAUGUCAUGGGUUCCCGCGGAGACGCUGGCAGAAGGCCCCACCCCCGAGGCCCGGAUUGGCCAUACUGCGACCUACGACCCUGAUUCCAGAAGAAUCUUUGUGUUCGGGGGUUCUAAGAACAAAAAGUGGUUCAACGACGUUCACAUCCUUGAUACACAGAGCUGGAAGUGGAGCACAGUGGAGGCCCAGGGAAAAGUACCUCCAUUAGCCUAUCACAGCUGCAGCAUGUUUCGGGGUGAACUAUUUGUCCUGGGAGGGGUGUUCCCUCGCCCUCACCCUGAACCCGACGGCUGCAGUGACUCCCUCUACAUCUUCGACCCACAUCUCUCCAUUUGGUACCAGCCCAUCGUCACAGGCGACAAGCCCGCCCCCCGCUCAGGUCACUCGGCCUGCGUCACCCAGGGGAAGAUCUAUGUGUUCGGAGGCUGGGACACUCCACUCUGCUUCAACGACAUGUACAUGCUUGACCUGGGACUGAUGGAGUUUUCGUCUGUUCAGACCAAUGGAUCACCUCCCUCUCCUCGCAGCUGGCAUGGUUGUGUGCUACUCUCUGACUCUACGUUUGUGGUCCACGGGGGAUACAAUGGGAACCAGGCCCUCAAUGACACCUUUACCUUCAACACAGACACCAACACCUGGACUGAACUGGUUCACCCACAGCUCUCUGUGCCCAGAGCUGGACAUUCCAUCAUCACCAUGGCGCUAGCCAAUCAAAAUCUUUCAUUCAAGGAUGACGGCAAAGAACGAAACUCCGACCGUACCCCCAAAACCCUGCUGGUAUUUGGAGGGGGCGACAACGAGGGGAACUUCUAUUCCGACCUGACGACCCUGACUGUCUCUGAACUGCUGGACCAGAACUAAUGCUGUGUUCAUAACCAAUUGGGAAUUUACAAGGUACAACUGGGAAAAAUCCACCUGAAUGCCUCUCCAAAAGGUCAUUACUGGUGGGACACUUGUAUAUUAUCCCUGAGCUCUGACUUCUCCCACAUUCUGACCUCCCUUAAGUAAGGAAAUGACCCCAAUAACCGCAAUUUCGGCAGCUAAAUGCAAUAACUAAACAUUAUUUAUAAAAAGCUAUCUAUUAAUGUUUUUUUGUGUUUUUUUUCACUACAAUUUGUUUGUCAGCAUGAUAACAUUACUUAUAGUUUUGUGGUUGACGCAGCUUGUUUGCCAUUAGCCAAUCAAAGUUCAAACCAGUUGGAUUUAUUCACGUGCUAUUUACUUCCCACUUGGCUAUGAACACAACAUAAACCACAUGAGUGGAAUCCUAAAUGGCACCCUAUUCCCUAUGUAGUGCACUACUUUGGACCAGGGCUCUAUGGAACCCUAUUCCCUAUAUAGUGCACUACUUUGGACCAGGGCUCUGGUCCCACACACAGCCCCUAUGGGUGUAUUAGAGAAAUCUCACAGAUCUUCAAAGUCUGAUGUUUUCACAUUUACAUUUACAUUUAAGUCAUUUAGCAGUCAUUAGAAACAGGAAGUGCUCGUAGUUUGUUUUUAAAUGUCUCUCAGGGUGAUGAGGGAAUGGUCAGACUGAUGUUAUUGAUACAUUUAAAACAUGUAUACUUUCCAGGAAAUAUAUAUUUCUGUAGUGCACUGCUUUUGAUCAGAGCCCUAUGUAGAGAAUGGGUUGCCGUUUUGGAACUCAAGCCGUCUGGGUCGUGUUCAUUAGUGCACACUGUAGCAAAACUGCAAUAGAAAAUGAGGGUUCCUUAUUGGACAAAUGAAGGUAGUUCUAUUUUGGACAGUUUGGUUCCUAUUGAAUACAACCCUGGGGUUUAUAAAGUGAGGAUUUAUGGAUUGGCUGAACCAGUUUGCACUUCAAGUGCAGUGUUUUUUUUUUUUUUUGGUCAGCCUAGAGGUGUGACGUGUGUACAAGCUGCUUAUUAUAUUUUAUAUUUUUAACUUUAGAUGGUCAUUAACCAUCGUGGAACUGUAGCAUAAUUUGAAGCCGGGUUGCCAGUCUGUUUCUGCUCGCUUUCCAAUUGAAUUCCAUAACUCAAUUGGACUGGGAAGGCAGGUUGUAGACUAAAAAAAAAACUUUAAAACUUAGUCAUAGAAAUACACAUAUAUAUAUUUUUCUACGUUCCAAUUAUUAUGUUUUUUAAAGCUACCCAAGUUCUGUGUCUCAGUUACUCACAUUCUAAUUAGAGCCUGACCGAUUUUUAUAUCAGCCGAUAUUGGCCUUUUAAACGCUAUAUCGAUAUGGGCUGAGAAACUAUAUUCAAUAAAUAGGAUGUGGAGGAAUCUUGUGCUUAUCUGGACACUUGUGACCAUUCUCAUGAUGUCACAAUGUAUGAAAUCAACAUUUUGAAGCUUAAUUAUUUGACAAUUGCUCCUUUUUGAAUGACAAUUUUGAGAAUUCUGUGAGAGAAAAAAUUCUCCAUUUUCCCUUGUAUAACAAAUAUAUCGUCAGGUUUAUUGGUAUGGAUCUAGUUUCAAAAUGGUGUUGCUUUCAUUUCUUAGGCAGCUUUUUUUUAUUUUUGUACAUUCAUGCUGAAUAAACUGAAAGAUAC